AUGCCCUCCGCCAAGAAGCGCAAAUCAAAUUACUCCACCGUUAGCUCACUGGAGUUACUCAACAAGCCGCAGUCUCGAAGGCACACCACCCACAAUGAGAGGAAUGUCUAUGAUAUUCCUGAAUCAUCCCCCUUGGUGACGCGCUCGGUACAGCGCUACGGACUUCGAAGCCAAGACGACUCUUCCAUACCGCAAUUCAGCGAGCCCGACCAAGAGCAGCCCAAUUUAUCUCCCGAGCCUGAACAGGAGCCCAACAGAGAGCAGUCUGAGCCAUCACCAGAGCUCAAUCCAGAGCAAUCAGAGGCCUCUUCCGAGGAAGAACAGAUACGCAAUGUUCCCGGAUCCAGUGAUGAUGAAGGUCAUGUGGACCCGGCCAAAAUACAUGUACAGGAUCAUAAGGUAGAAGACCAAGGCGAGCCUCAUCAUGAGCUGGACGUGAUCCCAUAUGGGGGGGUUCAGGAUGAGGAGAGUCAAAUCCAGGAAGUCCAAAGCGAGGAAGACCAAGAUGAAAUCUCACAGCACGAAUACCAGGACGAGAGGGAAGAGGAAAGGGACCUAAGCAACCCUCAGCCAAACAAUUUCGAGGCGCUCCAAGUCGUUGUUUACCAUAGCGUAGAGAGUGACUCACGACAUAAUAGGGGCGUCACUUCGCCGGUUUCCAGUGACAGUGUGCCAGAGACACCACUGGCCACAACUCUAUCACGCAAGACGCGUAUGAUGCGUCGGGAGGAAUCAAACAACGUCGUGCUUGAUGCCGAGAUGUCAGACCACAAUGAAGACGAGCAUGUUUACAAGGGUAUUGUCACGCUAGAUCUUGAUUUGAAAGACUGGCUGGUAACAAAAGUUCAAAACACCCGUUGGAGUGAAGAGUGGAUGCUCUUUCAUGAUCGCACAUUGGAAUUGCCAAAAUUUGUCUAUGGUCCUAUGCCAACAUCAUUCAUCGAUGCUUUUCAAUUAAUCGAAUGUUUGAUCGACCUGUUCAAUGACCUAGAAAAUCUACCAGUUGACCUGGAAACGAAAGUCAAAAACCUCCGUGCUGCAACAUUUACCGAAGUCAAGGGUAUUCUGAACUUCAAUGAAGUACCAACCGAGGACCUUGAUACGAAAAUAGCCGGCGAUUUAGUCGUUUAUCUUGAAGGCUACCUACUACCUCAUAUUGCUAUCUUAGUCAUGCGGAGUUUCAGGGCAUAUACUUUGUACGGUGUACCAGCCUCCACUGCCUUUGACGAUAGUCUAGGGCUGCUAGUUGAUUGCUGUGAACGGAUCGAUGCUCUUCGGGGGUAUUUUCAAUCCGACCUUAAACAUCAACGGUCCUGGCGCCUUGGAAUCCGGGCAAAGCAUUUCAAGCAAGCACUAAAGAAGAACCAAUUGGGUGUGUUUUUAACUGCAGAAGCACAAGCCCCUCCCGUACCGAGGACUCCCCCGACUUUGCACGGAUGGACACGAUCAGAAGAAAUGUGGCUCCGUGAUGCGUGGGAGCAGUAUGAUUCAAGCGAACCAAUUGAACGCUUCAUCUUAAUCAAGACGCACCUUGCAAAUCAAUUCUCACGGCACACUAUGAGUUCUCUGAGGCUCAAGGCUCGUGAGCUUGGCUUAGAUUAUUAG